CAGUAAACAGGAGAAUCAACAGUUUCAUAUUGAGAUGCAUUACUUCUGAAGAAAAUAACUAAACUGGGCACCCUUUGAAAAGAAAGUGAUACAAGAAAUUGUUACAAUGAAUGACAUAGAGACAGAUCGCCCUGAACUGGUUCCAGAUGCAGUUCCCCAGAAGGGCUUUGACUAUGGGCAAUUCCUAGUGACUGUGGACAAUGGAUUAGACACGAGUGAUGUGGAAAACCUUAAAUUCUUACUUAGAGGUGUAGUCCCCGACUCCAAGCUACAGAAGGCCCAGAGAGGUCUUGAUUUAUUUAAUGAACUCCAGAACACAGGUGUGAUCGACAUGGAGGAAGGGGACCUGGAACUGUUAGAGGAGUGUUUGUAUAGAAUUCAUAGGAAGGAUUUACUGAAGAAAAUAGCAAGGGAUACCAUAAUGGUGGAACAAAGAUUGCGGAGACUACAAGAAGAAAUAUACAGAAAAGAUGUCAAUUACAUGGAAUCCAACAAAUUCUUGUCACCUUUCAGAGUGCUGCUAUUUGAGAUUGGAGAGGACAUUGACGAUGAAGAAUUUGGUUCAGUGAUGUUUGCUCUUACAUCGCUUGUUCCUAAAGGACAGCUUUCUAAAAUGAAGUCCAUAUUUGAUUUGUUUCUGUUUUUGGAGAAAAAAGAUGAAAUGUCCCAUUUGAAAGUUGAUGUUUUACUGAAAGUGCUUAAAGUCAUUGACAGGGCUGAUCUUAUACCAAAAGUCAACAAAUACCUCUCCAGUCAAAGUAAGAGGAAUAGCCCAUCCCAGUUCACUGGCCCCACACAGAUGGAAGUGGAGCCCUCAGAGGGACCACAACUUCACCCACCACCCCAGCUGCCUCCAAUGGGACAAGGCACCACACUAGCCAUGGCCGCUCCAUUAGCAGAUGGACUUUUAAUAAGACUUGCUGAUGUUAUUUCCAAAAGUCCAGACUGGAAAGACUUGGCCCCAUUUCUGGGUUUGGAGGACAUGACUAUAUUAGCUUUAGUUAAUGAUGAUAACAUGAUGCCAUCAUUAAGGGUAUAUAAGAUGCUUCAGCACUGGCAGAGAGACGUGAUGCAGAACGACGAGACUUGCCGCGUGACUAUGAUAGGGGUCCUCCAGAAGUUUAGAAUUACAGAGGGACUGCAGAUACUGGGACAAACUGUGGAGGAAGACGAACACAUUCCUAACCCAACUCCAAUGGACUUGCGUUCUUUGUAUCAACCUCCGACUGGGGAAAUUCCUUUGUCAUUGAGACACCCUGCCCCGGAGCCUCUUCCUGAUAUCCAGGCCCUGAGACCAAACAUGUCUGAGAUCGAGACACAAACUUCCAUGUUGAUUCUUCCUCAUGGAAACCAGCCUAUCAGAGACCACAACGAAGAAAAUUUAUCAGUAUCAAACACUGAGGCCAGGAUACAGCUUGCAGAGUUACAUCCCCCUCCCUCAGAAAACAACAAUGCUCAGUCAGCGAGAAGUAUAAGGGGUAAUGUAAUGGAGAAUCUAGGCCAGAUGAUGAAUAGAGCACACAUUGAUGAUGAGAUGGAUCUGCCGUCAUAUCGUAUGGACAGAAAACCAAGAGGCAUUGCUUUGAUAAUCAACAACAUGAAAUUUUUCAAAGUGCCAAACGAUCCAGAAAGCAAAGAGAUGCCAGACAGAACUGGCACAGACCUGGAUGCAGAUAAAUUAACCUACAUUUUCCGUAAACUUGACUUCCGUGUGAAACGUUAUGACAAUCUAGAGGACUAUGCAAUGAACAGGAGACUUGUUGAGGUGUCCUUUGAAGACCAUUCUCAGUUUGACUGUUUUGUGUGCUGUAUUUUGUCCCAUGGUGUCCUGCAGAACAUUUAUGGCACUAAUGGUAGAUUGGUCAGAAUCUCCGAGUUAACGGGAAUAUUCCGAUCUGGGAAGUGUCCAAGUCUGGCUGGAAAACCAAAGUUGUUUUUCAUUCAGGCAUGUCAAGGAAGGGAAAAACAAGGAGGUAUUGACAUUGAGAUGGACAGUGAUAUUGAACCGGACAAUGGCCGGACCUCUGAGAUGAUCCCCGAUGAGGCGGACUUUGUACUGGGGUGUGCCACUGUACCAGGGUACGUGUCCUACAGAAGUAGGUCACAGGGAAGCUGGUUUGUCAACAAACUGGUGGAGAUGUUAGAUAAAUAUGCCUACAGAUAUGACCUGCUGAGUAUCUUGGUCAAAGUGAAUGAGGAGGUAGGGAGAGCCAAUGCUCGUUUGGAGGGUGGAGUCUACAAACAAAUCCCUGCCCCCCUGGUAACCCUUAGGAAGAAGCUGUUCUUUCGAUAAACCUUACACUAUGUGAUUCAUGUUUACACAAUUUUUGAAACACAAAAAAAUUAUUUUUGUGAUGUAAAAUUUUGUUUAAAAUCACUUUGAUGAAUAUUUUUCAAAGAGGAAUUUGCUUCAAACACCCAGUGUGCAUGUUUUUUUUUACAUAAUUGUAAAAGUGCAGACAUUGUUAAUUAUACAUUAUAUGUUUUGUUCAAAGCAUUGUGAUUUAUUAAAUCUAAUCAUUUUUGAUCAUUGUUA